AUGGCGUCCUAUGAAGAAGAAGAUUUAAAUCCUUCAUCACAACAAUACUCACAGUAUAGUAAUGCCGAUCAAUCUAUUGUUCCAUUACAACCAAAUGGUGUAAUUGAACAACAAGCUCAAUCUGAGGAGAAUACUAGCACGGUUGAAUCACAACCACAACAAUCUGAAUUGGAACGUUAUUGGGAAGCCGUUAAAACAAAUCCCGAUGAUUUCAAUUCAUGGGAAUAUUUGAUUAGAAUAGCAGAAUCUGCUGAUGGGGGUCUUACACCUCAAUCAACACAAGAGACUAUUGCAAACAUGAGGAAUGUUUUCGAUCAAUUUUUGGCAAAAUUUCCAUUAUGUUUUGGAUAUUGGAAAAAAUAUGCUGAUUUCGAGUUUAUGAUACAAGGCCCGCUCGAAGCUGAAAAGAUUUAUGAACGUGGUGUUGAGGCAAUACCUAAUUCAGUUGAUCUUUGGACACAAUAUUGUUCUUUUAAGAUUGAGCAUUAUCCGGACGAUAUAGAAGGUAUUAGAGGGUUAUUCGAGAGAGGUGCAACUCGUGCAGGAUAUGACUUUUUAUCUCAUUUAUUUUGGGAGAAAUAUUUGGAAUUUGAAAAAUCAAAAGAAGCUUAUGACUGUGUCUUAAAAAUCCUUGAUAGGAUCAUACGUAUUCCCAUGCAUCAAUAUGCUAAAUUUUUUGACGAACCAAUAUCAGAACUUUUACCACCUGAUCAAUUAAAGCAAUUUAUAGCAGAGGCUCAAGCAACACCUCAACCUUCUACAACAGAAGGUACUGAAGAUGAACAGCCACCGACGGAAAAAACCGAGGAACAAAUUCAAAGUGAGAUAAGAACACGUAUCUAUAAUAUAAAUGUUGAAAAUUACAUGAAAACACAAGUUGAAACAAAUAAACGAUGGGUUUUUGAACAAGAAAUUAAAAGACCAUAUUUUCAUGUUAAAGCAAUGGAUGAAAUUCAAUUGUCAAAUUGGAGAAGAUAUCUUGAAUUUGAAGAGGGUGAAGGUGAUGAGACUAGAAUACAAGUACUAUAUGAAAGAUGUUUAGUUGCAUGUGCUUUGUAUGAAGAAUUUUGGCAAAAAUAUGCUCGUUGGAUGGUAUCCAAAAAUAGAAUAGAAGAUGCAAGAAAUAUAUACAUAAGAGCCACAACUGUUUUUGUCCCAAUAAGUCGCCCAAGUAUUCGCUUAUCAUAUGCGUGCUUUGAAGAACAAGAAGGCAAUAUUGAAAAGGCUAGAUCAAUAUAUAAAGGGAUCAUAGAAUCAUAUGAUUUAACAGAACCUAUCAACAUAUUAACAAAUUCUCUUGAAAAUACUGCUCAACUUGAUGACAAAUCAAAAGCCUUCUUAUCUGUACAACACGCAAAAUUGAUUUGGCAUUGUAAAGGAUCUGUUGAAGAAGCACGUCAAAAUUUUCAAGAAGCUUCAUCAAAAUAUUUGGAUAGUAAAUAUUUUUGGUUAAAUUAUUUUAAUUUUGAAAUAUCACAAAAUGAUUCUGAAGUAGAGACUCGCCUAAAAUCAUUAUUUGAUCAAAUUCGUAACACGUCAACUUUACCACCUGAGACAAUAAGAGAUUUAUCAAAUCGUUAUCUUGAUUUUCUAAUGGAACGUGGCAAAUCAAUAUUUGAUUAUAACAAAGUUGACAUAGAAUCUAAUACACAACCACUUUCAAAUCGUACUUCUACGUCUACAACAACAACUAUUGAUUAUUCAAAAAAACGUAGUGGAUCUGAAGAAGAUAUAUUAGAUAAUAAUAAACCAACUAAACAAAUGAGAUUAGAUCAUUCAUCAACAAUGGGUGGUGUUGUGGAUAAUAGUAAUGUUGCUGCUGCUGGUGGUGUGAAUACUAAUAAUUCUUCUCUUAUAGCUACUCCAACUACUGCCGUACCACCUUAUGCUGCUGCAGCUCAACCAACUACUGCCGCAGCUCAGAAUAAUUAUUACGCUGCACAAGGUCAAUGGAAUGCAACUGGUUAUCCAGGUUACCCAACUGCUGCAACUACUGCUCAAACGAUAGAAAAUAAGGAAAAUCAUUAA